AUGGAGAAGUAUGUGCAGGAGAGGCUUCGUAGGUCGAGCUGGCCCCAGAGAGGAGGAAGCGCAACGCAGAGCUGGCAACAAAAAAAAGAGGAGAAGCGGAGGACCAGAGAAGCGGCAGGUGCUCUUGCGUGGGCAGCCAAAGAAGGACGCCCAGACGCAGCAGCGGCUUCUUCCUUGACAGCGUCCUCUAUGGCAAGUCUUACCAUCGAGGACAUCAAAGACCUGAAUAAGGCAGUGAAGGCGGUGAAGCAGGAGGCUUCCCUAGCAUUGAGGGUGCAGUCCACACUCCUAUGCAGAAGCUGA